AGGGGUCGGUCCCGCAGCCGCUCCUCGGCCAUGGGAGCCAAAAAGAAGCUGCUGCAGGUCCAGGAGGCCUUUCAGCUGGCUCAGAAGCCUCACCAGAACCACGCGAAGCUCGUGGUGGCUCUGAAGAGCACUUAUGCUCAGUUGGAUGAUAAAGAAGGCUUUAAUGAAAAAUUCAUUCACUUCCUCAAGUAUGCUAUGAUAAUCUACAGGCGGGAACCAGCAGUGGAGCGAGUGAUCAAUUUUGCAGCUGGAUUUGUUACUUCGUUCUAUCACAUGGAGAAAGAAGAUGGUAGUAAUGAGGGAGAAGAAGAUAAUUUACUUCUGAAUUAUGUGUUUAAAUUUCUGCUUGAGUCUCACAAUGCGAACAGCCAUGCAGUUAGGUUUCGAACCUGUCAGCUUGUUAAUAAGAUUUUGGGAAAUAUGCCAGAGAAUGCUGAGAUUGAUGAUGACUUAUUUGAUAAAAUUAAUGAAGCUAUGCUGAUUAGACUUAAAGAUAAAUUUCCAAGUGUGAGAAUUCAAGCUGUCUUGGCCCUGUCAAGGCUUCAAGAUCCUAAGGAUGAAAACUGCCCUGUUGUUAAUAUUUACAGCACGUUGCUUGAAAAUGAUUCAAACUCAGAUGUGAGACGUGCCGUGCUGUCAUGUAUCGCUCCAUCAGAAAGGACUUUGCCAAUAAUUGUAGGCCGCACCAUGGAUGUAAAGGAGGCUGUCAGAAAGCUGGCAUAUGAGGUUUUGGCAGAAAAAGUCCACAUGAGAGCUCUGACAAUAGCACAGAGAGUAAAAUUGUUGCAACAAGGACUUAAUGACAGAUCUGAUGUUGUAAAGGAAGUAAUGAAGAAGAAGCUACUUCAAGCCUGGUUACAAUUCACUGAAGGGGAUGUUUUAGAAUUGCUUCAUAGACUGGAUAUAGAAAACUGCCCAGAAGUGGCCAUCCCAGUACUAAAUGCUAUGUUUUCAUUAUAUCCACUUCAUGACAUUGUUCAGAACUGUAAAAACCUUGACAGCAGAAAGCUGAUUCCACAGGAGGAUUUAACAGCUGAGAAUGUGUUAUAUUGGAGAUGUCUUUGUGAAUAUCUAAAAUCAAAAGGUGAAGAAGGUGAAGAUUUACUAGAACAGAUUUUGCCAGAACCAGCUAUAUAUGCAGAUUAUUUAUUGAGUUAUCUUCAAAAUAUGCCAAUUCUCAGUGAAGAGCAAAAAGAAGAUUUUAAUUGUUUUGAAAACCUGAUGACAAAAGAAUUCAUAGGCCAGCAACUGAUUCUAAUCAUAGGCUGCAUGGAUACCAUGGAAGAGGGAGGAAGAAAGCAUCUGCUAGUUAUUUUACAAAAGAUUCUCAUUUUACCUUCAACUUCAGCAGUACUUAUACCUCUGCUUGUUGAAAGAUUGCUCAGUAUUGUUAAGGAUGAGGACAGAAGGAUUCAAAUUAUUGCAGAAAUUAUAUCAGAAGUUCGUGAACCAAUUGUUGCAAUUGACCAGCCUAUUGAUGCUGCUGAAAUAAGAAAGCGGGAGCUAAAGCUGGCUGAAAUAAAAGUGAAACUUUUUGAAGCAAAACAAGCUUUGGAAGAAUGCAUUACUCUUCAGGAUUUUAAUAAAGCAUCAGUAUUAAAAGAAAAAAUAACUGAGUUGGAACACACAAAAAAUGAUCUGAUAAAAACCACAGAGCAAACUGAAAUUAAAGAAAUGCGUGUGGAGAAGAAUGAUCCUGAAACACUGUUGAAGUGUCUGAUGAUGUGCUAUGAGGUUCUGAAGAUCAUGUCUCUUUCUAAAGGAAUCAAUCCAACCAUUAAUGAAAUCAUUCCAUCUCUGAUACUUCCAGGUGUAACUAAUGUCCACCCAGCUGUGAGAAAUAUGGCAGUUCUAUGUUUGGGUUGCUGUACCCUUCAGAACAAAGAAUUUGCCCAACAACAGCUUCCAUUGCUGUUACAGGUUUUACAAAUAGAUAACAUAAAGAUAAAGCUCAGUGCUUUAAAGGCAAUCUUCGAUCAACUAAUGCUGUUCGGAAUUGAGCCUUUUAAAACCAGAAGAGACAAUGACUCUCAAAGUGAAAGUGCACACAUUAGAACUGAAAAUGGUGAGGAUGAAAGUGAAACAAUAGAGGAAGAAGAGGAGACUGCCACAGUUCACAGCCUUCUGAAGCUUCUUUCUGGUUUCUUAGACAGUGAGUAUUCAGAACUUAGGACAGAAGCUGCAGAAGGCAUUGCCAAGCUGAUGUUCUCUGGGAGGCUGAUCAGUGCCAAGCUCCUUUCUCGUCUUGUUUUGCUGUGGUAUAAUCCCGUGACUGAAGAGGAUACUCUGCUCCGACACUGUCUGGGAGUUUUCUUCCCUUUAUUUGCUUAUGCAAAUAGGUCUAACCAGGAGUGCUUUGGAGAAGCUUAUCUUCCAACUCUGCAAACACUCUUAAAUGCUCCUGCAACAUCACCUUUGGCUGAAGUAGAUAUCGGUAAUGUUUCUGAGCUGUUAGUGGACCUGACCAGACCAAGUGGACUGAAAUGUCAGUCCAAGAAGUCUCAGGACUAUCAGGAGUUAACAGUGCAUGAUACUUUAGCCACGAAAAUUUGCAAUGAAAUCCUGGCAGAUCCAACUGCACCAGAUGUCCGUAUUUAUGCAAAAGCUUUAAAUUCUCUAGAACUCAGUAGUUCUUCUACAGAGAAUCUUCUGGUGUUGCUCAAUGAGAUUCAAGAGAAAGUGGAAGAUAAGCCAUGUCAAAGAGCUAUUGAGAAGCUCCAAAUGAAAUUGAGCAAGGAUCCUAAUGUGGGCAAAAACCACUCUGAAAGAACUGAGGAAACAGGUCUCUCUGAAAGGACACAGGAAAAAGAUGUCACAUUGUCUCAAAAUACUGCUCACAAUGAAGAAGAAAAUAAUAAAGAUGCUCUUCAUACUCCAGUUAAUGAAGUUAAAGAAACUGCAAAAUUAAGAUCUACAAGAAACAAAACUGGCAAAGGACAGCGGAAAGCGUCAGAAGUGAGGUCUGUGAGCAGAAGAAAAACUGGUGCAAGUGUAAAACACGGUCUUGAAAGUUGUGCUAGAAUUCCAGAACCAGUCCCAGUGUCAAGUUCAAGGCCUCAGAGACGAGCAAAAACUUUGGCACUGGAGAAAACCCGAAUGAAUCUUUCAAGACUGUUGAAUGAGGAAACGGAUGAGUGAAGACAAGAGAAGAAAGUGCCUUUGUCAGCACUGGUAGUUAACAUCAGACUUGAAAAUAAGAUUUUUUUUUUAUUGCUAGUCAUAUUUACUCCUUUUAUAUGAAUCAUUUAUAAUUCUACAUUUCUAUAUUAGUUUUUUUAUAGAUGCUUGUAUUUCUUGUAUUUCCUGAUAUAAAGUCCCUCAUUCAUGUAAUAAAAAUGGAUUAAAAUAU